GAUCACCCCCUAAGGCUGCUUCUUGCACCGGGGGCGCUGUUUUGAGUGUGUGGGGGGGUGCAGAAUCUCGCUUUCCCCCCAGUUUUCACUCUUAAAGUGUUUUAUAUUUGCCUUUCACGGCUAUCAGCGCCACAUUAACUGCAGAUUUGUGUCUAGCAAUGAAGAAAAGAGCCUCAUUGCGGCGGGCAGCACUGUAAACUGCGUUACUACGCGAUUCACACCUCCUGCUGCUGAGUCAGAAGAAGCUGAUCUUCAAGUCUGGCAUGCAUCACUGAAAGAAUGAACAGGUCUGGGAAGAUUUCCGGUCACCACCACCGCACCAGAGGAGCAAAUGCUGACACGUCGGUGAGCAGGCCUAAGAUGAAAAAAAAAGGUUCACAUAAGCAUAAACACAGGCAUCAUGUGGGUCCUAGCAUCCCGGUUACUCCACCUAGACGAAAUAUUGUUGGCUGCAGGAUAAAACACAAAUGGAAAGAAAAUUGUUACAGUCCUAUAUCACAUUGGAGUGGGACAGUCCUAGACCAAGUUGCAGUAAACCCUUCUCUCUACCUCAUCAAGUAUGAUGGCUUUGACUGUGUAUAUGGCCUGGAGAUUCUUAGAGAUGAGAGGGUUCAAGAUCUUGAAAUCUUACCCGACAAAAUCGCCUCCUAUCGAGAAAGUGACACUCGUCUAGCUGAGAUGAUCUUGGGUCGGGCUGUGGAGCACCAGUUUGAGAUGGGUGAUGGAUCAAAGAAUGGCUGGAGGGGGCUAGUGCUUGCCACAGCACCCAUGAUGCCCACAUGGUUUUUCAUUACCUAUGAGAAAGACCCUGUACUUUACUUGUAUCAGCUUCUAGAAGACUACAAAGAGGGUGACCUUCGCAUACUUCCAGACUCAGAUCCAGGUUGGAGAAGACCCCGAACUAGCUUGGUAGAACUCCGUGCAGUCAUGCUGAAGAGGUGGUCUCUUGCCAUGGUGGUCCGUAGGGGACUUAUGCUUAUGGUGACAUUCUGCUUCGUGUCCCUCCUGUAUUUCCUGACCUGCAGACCUCAUGGAAACCAAAAGCACCAAAUGUUCAAAGGGCCAGUGGAUGAUACGAAGUACCAGACUUUGCUGCAAGAACACGAGGAGCAAUAUCACCACUAUGCCACCAGCCUCACAAAGCAAAUCUUCCAAUUGAAGAAGGCUCUCCAAGAAAGGAGAAGACAGCUGCAGAAGUCUUUGGAACAGGCUGCUGUAAUGCUUCCAUUGAAGUUGGACGAACUGGGGCAGAAGAGCAACUCUGAGCUUGAAGUGUUCUUCAACAGGCAGCUAGACUGUGCAGAAAUUCAUCUAGGCACAAAUCUACCAAAUGAGCAUGCUCUGGUGCCAUUUGAGACCUUUACUCUUCACAGUGUAUAUCAGCUCGAGACAGGGCUUGCACGGCACCCUGUGCAAAGAGCUCUUCGGAAGGACCUGGGUGGGGCAUUAGAAGCCGCCCUACACAUCCUAAAUGAUCCUCAGAAAAGGAACAACUCUCAGUACCAUAGGAUAUACUCUCCUCGGGACUUCUUUGAGGGAAUUUUUCGCACAGAACAAGAUAAGGGGACACUGUAUGAUCUCACAUUCAGAGAUAAUACUUCCCUGGACUUCAGGAGGCUACUCUUCUUUCGUCCAUUUGCGCCUUUGAUGAAAGUGACAGAAGAAAUAAUUGACACAUCUAACAUGCUAAUAAACAUAAUUGUGCCAUUGGCCGAGAAGGUGGACUCAUUCAGACAAUUCAUGCACAAUUUCAGGGAAGUUUGCAUUCGGCAAAAUGAAAGAGUUCAUCUGACUGUGGUGUUUUUUGGAACACAUAAAAAGGAUGAAGUGAGAGGAAUUAUAGAUGCCACUGCAAGGAAAAUGAGAUCCAGGAACUUCACUCUAAUACAUCUAAAUGAGAAGUUUUCCAGAGGGAGAGGUUUAGACAUGGGAGCUCGGGCCUGGAAGAAGAGCAAUGUCCUGCUUUUUUUCUGUGAUGUGGAUGUACAUUUUACUGCAGAGUUCCUCUACUCCUGCCGCAUGAAUGCCCAACCUGGUAAAAGAGUCUUCUAUCCCAUACUGUUCAACCAGUACAACCCAGAAGUCAUAUAUGGUGAACAUAACAUACCUCCAGUUGAUAAACAGCUGGUAAUCAGUAAAAGUACGGGAUUCUGGCACGACUUUUCGUUUGGGAUGACAUGUCAGUAUAGGUCCGAUUUUGUCAACAUAGGAGGCUUCGAGUCCAGUAUAAAAAGCUGGGGAAAGGAAGACUUGCACCUCUACCGAAAAUAUCUUCACAGCAAUCUCAUGGUAGUGCGGGCCCCUUCACGAGGACUCUUCCAUAUGUGGCACGAGAAAGUUUGUGCAGAAGACUUACCGACAGAAUCAUUUAAAAUGUGCAUGCAGUCCAAAGCUAUGACUGAGGCCUCCCACAGCCAGAUCGGGGAGCUCUUAUUUCACCAGGAAAUAGAGAGUCAUCUACACAGACACAACCUCAGUGAUAAUUAAGGCACAUGAGCACAAUGUUCUGUUUUGUUGUGCUCAAAUGUAUUCUUGAGAUACCUCAAUAUCAUCAUUUGUUUUUGUUUUGCAGAAUGAUUUAAAAUGUUGACAGAAUCUGGAAAUUGUGCUUUGGUAUAUUGGAUAGUACAUCAUCUCAGCCACAUUACAAAGCAAACUACACUCUUAUAUGGCUCUUCAAGGGUUCUUUAGAAAAGUCAAUGGUUCUAUGCAGAACCAUGAACAGUCAAAGGACCAUUUGCUUGAUUAGGAGGUUUAUCAAUAAAGGUUCUUUAGAUUGAUGAAGGACGUGCGGUAGAUGGUUCUAUAUAGCACCCUUCUUCUAUUGCUGAAAUGUCAAGCUUCUAAUGGCAGAAGAACACUUUUCAGUGCUGUAUAGAACCCUUUUCAAAAAAAUUUUCAAUCAACCUGAAGAACACAUUCACGAUGUAAAGAAAGUUAUUUGAAUGUUCUUUAGGUUAUAUGUCGUUCCAUAUAGAACCAUUGUCUUUACUAAAGAACCCUUGAACAACCAUCUUUUUUAGGAGUGUAGAGAGAACCAGAGAUCUCCGCUCCCGGUCCUGGAAAACUACAAUCUAACGCCCCUGACUCAAAAUUUCAUGAAUAUUAUGGAAGUCUGUUUUAUAACACUUAAACGUUGUUAUAUAACACUUUAACGAGUUGAAUUAAUCUGUCUAAAUGAUAUUGUCCCUUGGUAACAAAAUUUCUGUGAGGGAUUACAGAUACAACACUGAACUCUGUACAUCCUGUCUUGAUUUUUUUAUUCGUAUUUUUCUAUUUAAAACUUAAAACUUUUUAAAGAUACACAAUCCUUAAGGCAAUUGUACUUUUGA